AUGCCUAAUAAGUGGGAAAAUAACGAAGAAAUUGAAUAUUUUCGUGAAUACCUGCGGAUACCCAGUGUUCAUCCGAAACCGGAUUAUUCAAAAUGUUUGGACUUCUUGAAAAAACAAUCGGAAAGCCUUGAGAUGCCAAUGCGUGUUUUCUACCCCGUGAACAAAGAUAAUCCAGUGGUAGUUCUCUCUUGGCCUGGCACUGAUCCCAGUUUACCAGCAAUUUUAUUGAACUCCCAUAUGGAUGUGGUUCCGGUCUUCCCUGAGAGUUGGAAACAUGCACCCUUUGGUGCCGAAAUGGAUGAGGAGGGUAGGAUUUUUGCUCGUGGCGCCCAAGAUAUGAAAUGUGUGGGUAUGCAGUAUCUGGGUGCCCUGCGUAAGCUGAAACGGAAGGGUGUGCAGUUCAAGCGCACCAUAUUGGUGUCCUUUGUGGCGGAUGAAGAAAUGGGUGGCGGCCUGGGCAUGCGUGAAUUUGUCAACACCAGCGAUUUUAAGUCCCUUAAUAUUGGCUUCUCCAUGGAUGAGGGUUUGGCAUCGCCCACCGAGGAGUUCCCGGUGUUUUAUGCCGAGCGCAGUGUGUGGCGAAUUUAUUUCAACAUCAAUGGCCAAGCUGGCCAUGGCUCCCUACUGCUGAAGAAUACAGUGGGUGAGAAGGCCUCCUAUAUUCUCCACAAAAUGAUGUCAAUGCGUGAACAACAGGUUCGACGUUUGGAAAAUAAUCCUGAUCUGACAAUUGGUGAUGUCACCACAAUCAAUUUGACUCAGGUGCGCGGUGGAGUGCAGAGUAAUGUCGUGCCACCAACAAUGGUGUUGGGUUUCGAUGUACGCCUAGCCUUGGAUGUGGAUCACAAGGAGUUUGAGGAGCAGCUCCACAAAUGGUGUGAGGAGGCUGGUGGUGAUAUCAACCUGACCUAUGAUCAAAAAAGACCCAAGGUUCCAGCCACCGCCGUAGAUGAUUCAAAUCCCUAUUGGGUGGCCUUUAAGGGGGCUGCAGAUGAAUUGGGCCUGAAGCUGAAACCUCAAAUUUUUACUGGUGGCACCGAUAGCCGUUAUAUCCGCCAGGUUGGCAUUCCGGCCUUGGGUUUCUCACCCAUGAAUAAUACGCCGGUGCUGCUACACGAUAAUGAUGAAUAUUUGCAGGCCGAUAUCUAUUUGCGUGGCAUUGAUAUAUAUGAGAAAAUUAUUGCGAAUCUUGCGAACUGUUGA